AUGUCUCAUAUUAUUCAGUUGAAAACUGAAGAUAAUAAAACUUAUACUACAAUUUCAAACCUACCAGAAAAUGAAGUUUUUAAUCAACAUUGGGACCGUGCGUUAAUCAUAUUACAUGGAUUUCCUGAUAUAAAUACAACUUUUAAUAAAUGUUGGCCAUAUUUAAAAUUUCCAAAUGAAAGAUUAUUAUUAUUAGCUCCUAAAUUAAGAGGUUAUGAACCAUCAUCAGUUAGUUCUGAAUCAGAGUAUAUAUUAUCAAAUAUUGCAAAUGAUGUUAAACAAUGGAUCUUACAAAUAAAUCCAGAAAAUUCAAAACCAAUUCAUUUUUUAGGUCAUGAUUGGGGUGCAUUAAUUUCGUUUAAAAGUGCUAAUUUAUUUCCAGAAUUAAUUACAUCAAUGGUAACUUUGGCAAUUCCAUAUUUAGCUAAUUUACAUGUAUGGGAUUUAUUAUGGUUUGCACCUGAACAAUUAUAUUUAAGUUCAUAUUUCUUAACUAUGCAAUUAGCAGUAUUUUAUAAAGACAAAUUAACUAAAGAUCUUAAUUAUUUAUCAUAUAUUUGGAAAUAUUGGUCACCUUCUUAUAAAUUUUCAUCUGAAGAAAUUGAAGAAAUUAGAAAAAGUUUUAAUGAACCAGGAGUAGUUGAUGGUGCAACUGCUUAUUAUAGACAUAUAGUUAAUCCAUUUUCAUUAAUUAAAUCAAGAUGGAAUGUUGACUUUAAUAAAGUACCCACUUUAAUUUUGAUGGGUGAAGAAGAUGGAUGUUUUUCAAAAAGAAUAACAGAAUUGGAACAACAAAAAUUAAAUGGUAAUUCCAAUGUUGAAGUUAAAUUAGUUCAAAAUUGUGGUCAUUUUUUACAUAGAGAACAACCAGAAAUCGUUUCAAAAUUAACUAUGGAUUUUAUUGAAUCACAUCAAUCUUAA